AUGGUCCAGCUCAGCUCGUCGUUCAAGCUGUCACGCCCUUGGCAAGGCGUAGGCCCUUGGAUCUUUGGUGUCUACCACGUCGACAAGUACCCCGAGGGCAAGCUUGACAUGUCGCCCAACGCCUCGCUCGCCGGUCGCGAUAUUGGCAUGGAUAUGAACAACCCCUCUGGCUGGAGCAUGUACCACGGCGACCACAUCCCAGGCUUCCCUGCCCACCCACACCGUGGCUUUGAGACAGUCUCCAUCGUCACGUCUGGCUAUAUUGACCACGCCGACUCGACCGGCGCCGGAGCCCGUUACAGCAAGGGCGACACACAGUGGGUGACGGCAGGACGCGGCGUGAGCCACUCGGAAAUGUUCCCGCUCGUACACACCGACAAGGGCAACAGACUCACCCUGUACCAACUCUGGCUCAACUUGCCAGCCAAGAGCAAACUCGUACCUCCAGAGUUUGUCAUGUUCUGGGAUGAGAAGACGCCCGUGGUUAAAAAGGAGAACACACAUGGGUGUGCCAAAGCGACCAUUGUCGCUGGCAAGUGGGACAACGUCGAACCGCUUCGUCCUCCCAAGAACUCGUACGCUGCCGACCCGAACAACGACGUCGCGGUCUGGGUUAUCCAGCUCGAGCCCCAUGCCUCCAUCAAGGUACCCGCCAAGAACUUUGCCGAAACGGAGAGGGCGUUCUACGUCCACGACGACGAUGGCGCCAAUGGUAACCCCAGCGUCAAGAUCAACAUUGGGGGCCAGUGGGUCGAGUCGGGCGAGGGCGUGCGUCAGGAGGAUACGGAGCGGGUUACUGUCACAAACGGACCCAAGCCCGCCCGUGUGAUUGUCAUCCAAGGCAAGCCGAUCGGCGAGCCUGUUGCCCAGCGGGGACCCUUUGUCAUGAACACCCAGGCUGAACUGCAGCAGGCAUUCGCCGAUUACCAACGCACCCAGUUUGGAGGGUGGCAGUUUGACUCCCAGCAGCCUGUGUACCCUCGUGAGACGCCUCGCUUUGCCGACCAUGGCGAUGGCAAGCGCGACUACCCAGCGGGUCCGAACGCCACACCUCAGUCAUUGUGA